AAAUGCUGCACUUUCCUAAACAAAUCACACGCAUAAUUUGUCAAUUUAUUAUAUCAACCCAAACUAACCGUUAGCCCUAACCCAUAAUUUCUCUCCUACAAUCUGUGCUUCAGUUCUCCCACCGCAGUCUUGAAAGUGAUGCUGCUCAUCAGGGUGCGGUGAACUGCGGAACGCGGCUAGCAUUGACGUCCACCGGCGGCCAAGCGAGUGUCUCUACCUGUAAAGGCUUUGCAUUUCAAUCAUAUUCGAUCUACAACCAGCAGGGUUUUAUCUCCUUCAAAUCUCGGGCCAAGUUCAUCUGGCGCAUCCCUUCACUCCGGCCGCAGAUCCCUCGCUGCUCUAUUUGUCCGAUUCCCAUGUCGGAAGUGUUAGAGAGUAGUAAGAAAGUGGCGGAUCGUUACCUGAAGCGCGAAGUUCUUGGGGAAGGUACAUAUGGCGUCGUCUACAAAGCUAUUGACACUAAGACCGGGCAGACAGUUGCUAUAAAGAAAAUUCGCCUUGGGAAGCAGAAGGAAGGUGUUAAUUUCACUGCUUUGAGGGAAAUCAAACUGUUGAAAGAGCUAAAUGAUCCUAAUAUAAUUGAAUUGAUAGAUGCCUUUCCCCAUAAGGGGAACUUGCAUCUUGUGUUUGAGUUCAUGGAGACUGAUAUGGAAGCUGUCAUCCGUGAUAGAAAUAUAUUUCUCUCACCUGCUGAUAUUAAGUCAUACCUUCACAUGACACUGAAAGGACUCGCGUUUUGCCAUAAAAAGUGGGUCUUGCAUAGGGAUAUGAAACCAAACAACUUAUUAAUUGGAUCGAAUGGGCAGCUUAAGCUUGCUGACUUUGGGUUAGCCCGUUUAUUUGGUAGCCCAGAUAGAAGAUUCACUCAUCAGGUCUUCGCCAGAUGGUACAGAGCACCAGAGUUGUUAUUUGGUGCCAAGCAUUAUGGACCUGGAGUUGAUGUAUGGGCUGCUGCUUGCAUUUUCGCAGAACUGCUUCUUCGAAAACCCUUUUUGCAGGGGAACAGUGACAUUGACCAGCUGGGAAAGAUUUUUGCAGCUUUUGGUACCCCGAAGCCAUCUCAGUGGGCUGAUAUGGUUUACCUGCCCGAUUAUGUGGAGUACCAAUAUGUUCCAGGACAGCCUCUACGAGCGCUCUUUCCUAUGGCAAGUGAUGAUGCUCUAGACCUUUUAUCUAAGAUGUUUACUUAUGAUCCAAAAGCUAGGAUUUCUGCUCAGCAAGCAUUGGAACACCGGUACUUUUCAUCGCUCCCUCCACCAACUGAGCCAGCUUUGCUCCCAAGACCUCCACCGAAGAGGGAUCCAGGCAACCCCAAAGCUUCAGAUCAUAUUCCACAAGAUGGACCAGUUGUAUUUUCUCCACCGCGAAAGUCAAGGAGGGUGAUGCCCACUCGUGAGGGAUUUGAGGGAAAUGCCCCAAAACUGGAUAAUGCAGAUGGCGGCCAUGGAAAUGAAUUUAGACAACCAGCUGGUGAGCAGCAAGCUCCUACGUCCUUGGAUUUCUCUGUCUUUGGGAUGAAGCCGCCUUCUCGACCAACAAUUAACAGUGCUGACAGAUCACAUUUAAAAAGGAAACUGGACCUCGAAUUCCAACCGGAAGAUUGAACUUUUAUAUGCAUCCCUUGUGAAUAUGUUACCGCCUGCAUGGAGAUGCAACAGUUUCCAUGAGGUUGAUUCAGGACCUUUUUUUUUGGGUUUGGGUUUUUAUGUUCUUUACGUUAUUAUUAUUUCAAAGUACUCCGUAUUAAAAUUUGCAAUUCAUUUGCAGUUCAGAGUCCCGAGUUGCUGCCAUUGUAAAAGUGUGUCGAUUUAACAAAUUCAUUCAUUCCUGUUUCAAAUGUCAUGUUUCAUACUUGAACUUACCCCGUGGCCUGUCGAAAGGUCCAAAAUUGAAGUUGCAGGUAUAGUUAUUGAUCUCGAUUUCACAAAGUGAUAGUUGUAUUCAGAGUAAACGAUUAUGUGAUUAUUGAUUGUGUGAAUUCAUUUGUUGUUUCUAUAUGUACUUGGUACACAUCAAUGGUUAAUGUUAAAUUCUCUUUGAUAUUCCGUUAUUUUUUUGCGGUCAUCGUUAUGACAAGGUUUUUGGGU